AUGGCCACCAUGGCACCCGCCCCAACCUCGACCGAGAACAUUACUCCGCCACGCAGCAGUCAUGGCUAUACAGAUUCUUGGGGUUAUAGCGUGCCCCAGAAGGAGGACUUCGAUAAUGACAUGGACACCACCACGAACCAAGAACACCCCCAGAAAAACCAUUUCGCUGCUCAAAAUGGCAACUCCAACUCGUACCACUCUGGUAUGGACCGAGUUGGUCGCAGGGUGAAUUCGCACGAUAAUCUUUCGAGUAACAAACUGCAUAACUCCGUUGACGGAGCCGGAGCGCGCCAAAUCACCGAGUCUAAGACGAGCCCGGCAUUGAAUGGUAACUCCUGGCAAGUUCAUGGUCCCCAGACCGAGGACGAAUAUAGUCGCAACGCUGUUCCUAUCGACAUCAAGCCUGAUGAGGGUUCUAAGUGGAUUCACCGCGACAAGUUGGCAAGGAUCGAAAGCGAAGAGCUUCAAGCUGCAGGUUUCUAUGUUGCGCGACCUAGAAACCAAAGCAAACAAAGACGAGACCGGAGCCGUAGUGCUAUGCGCCGAGGUACCGACGCGUCGGAGAAUGGUGCGAGAUCUCGAAAGAACUCUACAGCCGUUGAAGCACGAAGCCCUGAAAUCGCAGGCGAGACGUGGGACUUGAGGACCCCGGAGGAGAUUGCCGAGGAGGAGAACCAUGCUUAUUUUACUUCAAACACCCACAAAGGCGGUUCUCGCAUUCCGGUUGCAAAGGUUAGUCCAGUACCCAUCUCUGUUGAUCGUUUCGAGCGAGCAUCGAGGAAGACGAGCGAGAGUCCCGACGGAGAACGAAAUUUAACAUAUCAUAAGACUCGACCUGGAAGCUCGCAUAUGAUGAAGGGUUCCGAUGCCGUAUCGAUCAACAGCAACUUCAACAGCAGUUUACCUGCACCAAAGCGAAACACCACCGAUACCUCCCCUAAGAAAGCCACACCAGGCGUACGAAAGACAUCUGGUCCCUCAAAGACGGGCACAGCUGGAACGAGCAGACCCAAGACGAGGUCAGGCUCUAUCGGCAAUAGCAUUUCAACAACUCGACCUUCAACCCGAUCUGGAGAAUUGUCACUAGGAAACAAGGCACCUGAAGGUGAACCGCCAUGGAUGAUCAACUCCUAUAAGCCUGAUCCUCGACUUCCACCGGAUCAGCAGCUUCUUCCCACCGUGGCAAGACGUCUACAGCAGGAGAAGUGGGAGAGAGAGGGCAAGUUCGGGGAUGUCUACGACAAAGACUUCCGACCCCUCAACGACAAUCCUCUGGGUAGACCUGACCAUCAUGAAAGAUCCGACAAUGAUGAGAAGGAGAAGGACACAGCGCAAACAGAAGGCGAGUGGCCGCUUAGACUGGAGCCUACCAAGAGCCCAACUCAACGCGCUGGUGGAUACUCUACGAUGCCCAAGAUUUCGGACAAGUCGCAUAACAGUCCUCUCCCAAGUCCCAGAACGCCCAUGUCACCCAACGCACCUCAGGCGCCAUCGCAAGAACAAACGAAAGAGGAGCCAUCUACUGAAAACCCUGUACAGCAACACCCACAACAGCAGCAGCAACAUCAACCACCGCCACCGCCACCACCACCCGAAGACGAUAGCAAGGGUGGUUGUGGAUGCUGUGUGGUUAUGUAA